AUGGUGACAGUGAGGUAUUUCUUAUCCUUGGCAGCAAUUCAUAAUUGGCAUCUAGUGCAUUUAGAUGUCAAUAAUGCUUUCCUUUAUGGUGAUUUGGAUGAAACAAUUUACAUGAGACUUCCACCUGGAUAUCUUAAAAAGGGGGACACUCGAGUUUGCAAGCUACAAAAAUCCUUAUAUGGAUUAAAACAGGCCUCUAGGCAAUGGAACUCAAAGUUCAUUGUAGCCUUGGUUGAGUUGGGGUUUGUUCAAUCUAAAUCUGACUAUUCAUUGUUUACAAAGAAAACAAAUGAUUAUUUUGUGGCUCUUUUGGUGUAUGUGGAUGAUAUCCUACUGGCCAGUAGUGAUCUCUCUGUUGUUCAGAAUAUCAAGCACUCUUUGAGUACAUUUUUCAAGCUAAAGGAUUUAGGUCCUAUCAAGUAUUUCCUAGGAAUGAAAAUAGCUCGAUUCAAGAAGGGCAUUUCUAUAUGCCAAAGAAAAUAUGCACUAGAAUUGAUAGCUGAUAUUGGUUUAUUGGCUUCUAAGCCAGUGAAUUUUCCUAUGGAUUCCCAUUGCAGACUUUCUAAGUCUGAUGGAAAAUUGCUUGAAGAUACAACUGCCUACAGGAGGCUCAUAGGCAAGUUAUUGUACCUUACUCAUACCAGGCCAGAUAUAACCUACUCAGUUCAUUAUUUGAGUCAGUUUUUAGAAUCACCUCGUGUUCCUCAUAUGCAAGCAGCACUCAGAAUAGUUAGAUAUGUCAAGAUGGCACCAGGUCAAGGCAUUUUCCUUUCCAUUUCAUCUAGAGUUAUUUUGAAAGCUUUUGCUGAUUCGGAUUGGGCAAAUUGUCCUGAUACAAGAAGAUCUGUCUCUGGAUAUUGUGUUUUCCUUAGUGAUUCAUUAGUUUCUUGGAAAUCCAAGAAGCAAACCACUGUCUCCAGGUCUUCUGCAGAGGCUGAAUAUAGAUCCAUGGCAUAUGCACUAAUCUCGUUUAUCAUGAGAGAACGAAACAUAUUGAAUUAG